UUAGAAGAGGGACAAGUUUUCUGUUGUUUUAAGUUGUGUAAUUGACUUGGUAGGUGAGUUUUGGCAGGGAUGGGGGUCGGAUCUGUGAUCUGGGGCAGGACUGUGCAUUUUUUCUGAAUAGCACAGAGACCUUACUGGCCCAGGAGCUGCUGACUUCUACAAUGUGGCUUUACGCACUGGUAAUGGCUCCUCUUCUUGCUUCCAUAGCCUGUGCAGAACACCCACCUUUACCACCUGUGGUGGACACAGUGUAUGGCAAAGUCCUGGGGAAGUAUGUCAGCCUGGAAGGAUUUGCACAGCCUGUGGCCGUCUUCCUUGGAGUUCCUUUUGCCAAGCCUCCUCUUGGAUCCCUGAGGUUUGCACCUCCACAGCCUGUGGAACCUUGGCAUGACGUGAAGAACACCACCUCUUACCCUCCCAUGUGCUCUCAAGAUGCAGUGGAGGGAAAGAAGCUGUCAGAGCUGUUUAAAAUCAUAAAUGAGAAAAUUCCUUUUACAUUUGCUGAAGAUUGUCUGUACCUAAACAUUUACACUCCUGCCAACUUGACGAAGAACAGUAGCCUGCCGGUGAUGGUGUGGAUCCAUGGAGGUGGUCUAGUGUUGGGUGGGGCAUCGAUUUAUGAUGGACUGGCCCUCUCUGCCCAUGAGAAAGUGGUGGUGGUGAAUAUUCAGUAUCGCCUGGGCAUAUGGGGAUUCUUGAGCACAGGGGACGAACACGGCCAUGGAAACUGGGGUUUCUUGGACCAGGUGGCUGCACUGCGCUGGGUCCAGGACAACAUUGCCAACUUUGGAGGUAACCCAGACUCUGUGACCAUCUUUGGAGAAUCAGCAGGGAGUACAAGUGUCUCUGUUCUUGUGUUAUCUCCACUGGCCAAGAAUCUCUUCCACAGGGCCAUUUCUGAGAGUGGUGUGGUCUUCAGUCUUCAUAUAGUUAGGGACAAUGUCAAGGCCACAGCGGAGAAAAUUGCAGCUACUGCUGGGUGUGAAACCACCACAUCGGCUGUCAUCAUUCAGUGUCUGCGCCAGAAGACAGAGAAAGAGCUCUUAGAGGCAAGCCAGAUAACGCCCUACUCACCUAUGACCACUGUUGUUGAUGGUGUGCUGCUGCCCAAAGCACCAGAAGACAUUCUGGCUGAAAAGAAUUUCAGCACUGUCCCCUACAUUGUGGGAAUCAACAAGCAAGAAUUUGGCUGGCUCCUUCCAAUGAUCAUGGGCAAUUCCUCCACUGAAGACAUUUUGGACCAGAAGACAGGCAUGGCAUUUCCAGGGAAGUUCAAACGCUUUCUUAAUAUCUCUGGGGAUAUGAUGACUGUGGCUUUUGAGAAGUACUUAGGAGGGACAAAUGACUCUACCAAAAAGCAGGAACGCUUCAAGGACUUGAUUUCAGAUAUUGUGUUUGGUGUCCCUUCUGUGACUAUUGCCCGUGCACACAGAGAUGCUGGAGCCCCUACCUACAUGUAUGAGUUCCAGUAUCAUCCAAGCUUCUCAUCUCCCUUGAAACCUAGCAGUGUGAUGGGAGAUCACGGGGAUGAGGUUUUCUCAGUAUUUGGUGCACCACUUUUGAAAGGUGGUGCCUCAGAAGAGGAGAUCAAUCUCAGCAAGAUGGUGAUGAAAUUCUGGGCCAACUUUGCUCGGAAUGGGAACCCCAAUGGGGAAGAGCUUCCACACUGGCCAAAAUAUGACCAAGAAGAAGGAUAUCUGAAGAUUGGUGCCACCACCAAGGCUGCCCAGGGGUUAAAAGCCAAGGAAGUGGCUUUCUGGACUGAACUCUGGGUCCAGGAGACAACAAAGAAGCUGUCUCAGACAGCACACAUGAAGAGUAAAUAAGAGCACCAGCCUGCCUGGGGAGCCUGGAACAGCCACCACAAACAUAUUUUACAACAGAGUUUUUCUGUUAUCUUGGCACCUUUUUUGGUACUGGGGAUUGAACUCAUGACUUUGUGCUUCCAUGUAGGCACUUAUGCUGCUGAGCUAAAUCCAUGACCCAAGGUCAGCACCUUUUUGUGGAGGGCAGGGAACUGUGUGGUGGGAGCAUGCAAGGAUCAAAGAGGACAAUCUGUGUCCUUCUAGUGUCAGGAGAAUAAAUGUUUGAAGACUACA